AUGUCGCCUGGAGACUUCGACGAGAAUGAGGCCAUCAAUCUUCUCUCUCUGGACGGCGGAGGUGUCCGUGGAGUUUCUUCUCUGGUCAUCCUCGACCAGAUCAUGACGAAGAUCAAGGAUAUGUACAAACUCUCCGAAGAGCCCAAGCCCUGUGACUUCUUUCACAUGAUUGCAGGUACCAGCACGGGAGGACUCAUCGCGAUCAUGCUCGGGAGACUGCGGAUGUCGACCAAAGAGGCCCUACAGGCGUAUGACAACUGUGCCGCCAAAAUCUUCGCACGAGACAACCGGAAGACUUGGAGCUUGUCGGACAAGUUUCAGGCCACUGCGCUUCGGGAAGUUGUUGAGAGCAUUGUUAAGGAACGCGGCUUGGGCGAGUAUAUGCGGGAUCCCGAGUUCCCCAAGAAAGGGAAGGCGAUUGUGUGCGUCAUGCCCGCGGGCAACAUUGGGAAGCCCCGUUUCGCGCGCUCCUUCUAUGGUGACCAGGGCACUGAGGAAAAUUGGGAUGAGGGUGUCUUGAUAUGGGAGGCUGCCAGGGCGACCACCGCCGCUUCUUCGUUCUUUAAGCCUCAAACACUGGGCCGCGGCAAGUCAGCACAGCCAUACAUUGACGCAGCAAUUGGCGUGAAUAACCCUGUGGACUAUCUCCUGACGGAGGCUGUCAAUGAGUUUGGAUCCGCGAAACGGCUCGGCUGCAUCGUUAGCAUCGGCACUGGCACCAGGGAUGUCAAACUGGAGAGAGGAUGGCUCGGUCUUGCGAACCUGCUCCGGAUCAUCGGCAUUUUGAAAAAUACCGCCACGGACGGCCAGGAAACCCAUCGACGACUCCAAGCAAGACUGUCACCCUUCCCUGGUUCAUACUAUCGCUUCACCGUUCCUAAUGCGGCCGAGCAAGUUGGCCUGCAUCACUACAAGAAAAUACCCCUGCUGAAAUCUUCGACUGCCGAAUACCUCACCGAGCCGGAACCGGCCUUGAUAAAGAGCAAGUUUAAAUACAUCUUCUACAUCGAUGGUUCGAUGCCUGCCACAAUCACUCAAAGUUAUGCCCAGAUCGCCAAGCGGUACGACCUCGGAAUAUCUGGGACUACCGAAGGCAUGAAGAACCUCGCAAUGCGCUGGAUGGAAGAGUUGGCGGAUGAGUGGCUCCUGAUCUUUGACGACUGCAAGCCUGACGACCGGCGAGCCCAUCUUCCUGGCAGAGGCAAGGGCAACGUCAUCUACACAUCUCGUUCCACCGAGUUGAGAAAUGAUCUUCCCCACGACUGUUUGCUCGAAGUCCCCCCGUUCACAGAGGCGGAUGCGGUACACCUCCUGUUGAAAGUGUCUGGCCGCCAACAGGGGUCCGUAGGUUCGUUCGAAGACAUGGAAGCGGCUCGAGCUAUUGUUCGUGAGUUGGGCUCCUUGCCACUCGCCAUUGACAAGGCGGCAGCGUCCAUCCGGGAUCGGAGGCUAGCAUUCCACGACUACCUCAAACAAAUCCGCGAUCGCAAGGUUGGCAUACUCUCCGACCCCCGUUACAGAAACAGGAAGGUUGAGAAUCCCACAGUCUACGCCACCUUAGAGCUCUCGGCCGAAGCCAUCAUGGCCCGAAGAAAACGCGAGGGGAGGAAUGGACGAGGGCUUGGAGCAUCCAUGGCUCUAAAAGUCCUGAGCCUGUUGUCCUUCUACCACCACCAAGAUUUCCCAGCCGUCAGGGUAUUCAGUCGUGCAGCCAAAGAGCGGUUUAAACGAAAUGCCCACGUUGCUGUGCCUUUGCGCGAGGUCAUGGAACCUCCAGACAGGGAUUUCGACUCCAUGCUGCAAGUUGGCACUGAUGGGGAAUGGGACCAGCACUACUUCGGUGUCGGAUUGUCCGUCCUGGAAAACUUCUCCCUUGUCAAGGUGGACGGCCGCCGUGGGACCGUGUCGAUGCACGUUCUGGUUCAUCGCUGGGCACGGCACAGAUUGGGUGAGAAAUCGAGGGCUUACAUUCAAUACAGUCACCUAACGAGGAUUAUGGUCACGGAAGCAAUCCUGAUAUCGUGGAAAUGGAACGAGGCAUUCAUUACCCGCGAACUGGACCCUCAUCUUUACCUUUGUCACGCGAGAGGCAAGCUCGCAUCCCCCGACGAUAACUACUUGGCUGGGCUACUUCUCAAACUCGGCUGGUACUAUAAAUUGGUCAAGAACUUCUCCGCGGCCGAGGAGGCGCUUUCCCGUUGCCUGCGUCUGUGGAGGUUGGAGAGCGGUGGCUACAGUUGGAACGUUAUCAACGCCCUGACUGCUCUGGGUGAGCUUUACCACGAAAUGGGACGUUUGGGGGAAGCGGAGCUUGCGUACCUGGAGAUCAUCGACAGGAUUAUGGGGAGAAUCAAAGAGCUGGGGGGUGUCAUGGGACAGGGGCAGAAACAACGAAAAUUGCAUCCUCGCUGGAGGAGGGCUUCGAAUCUCUACUUCAAGCGGCCACGAAAGACGGUUCCAAAGAGCCUGUCGGAGUCUAGACUGCACGAAGGCCUCGAAUGCGCGCUCGAGGACCAAGCUGAUGAACAGUCACAGACAGCAGGCAAACCGAUAGCCGCAAUAUCGGACUCUGAGGAGGGUCAAGAGGAUGCCGAAGACUUUUGGAUCUACCAUCGUCUCUACCACGCGGACUUGGCAAGAGUGUACAUGGACCAGGACAGAUAUGGGGUGGGUAAACGCAUGCUUAUGAACUCCCUACAAUUCCUCGACGAGGAAGGUCACAUACCGAAAGACCACGUCGAUUACAUGCGGUUGGAGCACGAGGUCAAGGCUCUGACGGAACCGGGCAACCUGCAGUACUGGAACAAACGCGCCAACGAGAUGUGCGACCUCAUCGACAAAGGAAACCUGUCUUUCGUGGAGAGCGACGCGUAUUUUCAACUCAUGGUUGCCCACGCCAACUGUGUCCUGAAGAACGGCAUGUGGGAUCUGGCGUACAAACACUACUCCGGUGCAUACGAGAGCUUUGAGAAGGUUUGGGGAGCUUGCGACCGAAGGAUGCUUGAGAUAUUGCGCCGCAUGGUUGACUGCCUUGUGGAGGGAGACAGGUGCGAUGAGGCUGUGGAGGUGGCAAGAAAGUGCGUCCGGCGGGCACGGCAUGUUUAUGGACAGUUCCAUCGAGAGAUGGUGCUGGCGCUGGAGAAACUCUACGAGGCGCUGUUCUUCGAGAAGCUUGAGGACGACGAGGAGGGAGACAAUAUUCUACGGGAGGCCUUGUUUAGCGCUGAGGAAGGCCUUGGACCGAUUCAUUCAAUAACGCUUCGCAUUCGACAUCGGAUGCAGCGGCGGAAACGAGCAAUGAAGCAACCGCAGAGGCCAUUUCGACAAGGUCCCGGGGAGGCUGAGGCCAGCUCUCGCUGGGAAGAUGCAAAGGCGAGACUAGAGCAGAUGAAGCGCGAUCUUGGCUCGAAUCACAUCAUCGUCAGGCGUUUUGCGCGCACAGUUGGGGACCGUCCGCCGAAGACAAAGGAGGAACAUCUUACGAGAGUACUUGCCUGUUUUGGACCUAAUAGUUCGUUGACGAACAGGCUCCAAGAGGAGCUCGAAAUGAAACGAUCCGGGUUGGUCGGGGAUACAGAGAGUGGCGGACAAGGCAGCUCUCCAGGAGUCCGCAGCGGUGAGACCCCAUUUGACCUUUGUGCUUGCAAUGAACCGCUCCAUGCCGAGGGGUCGAAGGGAUAUGCGGCCAUGGAGAGCAACGACAUAUCUGGCUCUGACGGACGGCAAAGAGACACUGCAAAGACGAGUGCCGAGACUGUGAGGCAACCCAGGAUACUAGCAAGACCGCUGCCCGUAAAAGCUGCCUUCAAUGCUGUUGAAAUGUCCAGGGACAUCCGAGAGAUUCCGGAUUCGGCGAUUCAGGGGUUUAAUGCUCCCAGCAUGUUUGACGAGUUCAAGAACGAGCCGGUAUACAUGUGUGGCUUUUACACGGGCAGUAUGUUUGGAGAGUGUUCUUAG